AAAAAAAUAUAUAAAAAACCCAAAUUCUGUUUUAUAUUUUAGACGAUUUUGGUUUUAUUAUUAUUAUUAUUUUGUGUUCGAAUUUGCCAAAAUUCAAUUGGGCUUGACCUUACUUUUUUUGUAUAUCUGUUGACUGCGAAUUGUUUGUCAAUGUGUCGGCUUGUCUUUUUCUUUUCUUGAUUUCAUGAUUUGAGAGUGAUUUGAAGAUUGUUUUAUUUACGAAAACAUUUUAUUUAGAAGGAUAUGAAUUGAUUUUGAUUCAUAUUUUUGCAUUCUUUGGAGAAAUCGACUUCUGGGUAAUCAGUAGAAGCGAAGAUUCUGGCCUUGAUUCGAACAUCUCUUGAAGAAGGUGCAGCAUUGUAUUAUCUAGAGUGAUUCGAAGAAAUGUCAACAAAAAGGGAAUCUAAACAGCCGGUACCUAGUGUCAUGGCAAGAUUAAUGGGGCUGGAUGAAAUGCCACCCCAGCAACCUGUUCAAAAGAAACCAAGAGUGCUCUCUGAGAAUUAUCUACGCAGGGUUGGUUCUAUUGGUGUCAGAAAGAAAUGCUCAGAAUGCCAUUCAUUUAAUAUGAAUAUUGAAGAUCAGAAUGAAAAUAACAAUGUACUAUUAGAAACAUUGAGGAAAAAUAAGCACCAUAGCAUGCCAGUUCAAAAGAGGGAGGUGCAUUUGGGUUCAUCAGAGGUCCAGAUGAAAAUCACAGAAGUGAAGCAUGUUUCACAGGAUAAGAAACUUCUAAGUCCAAAGGAAUCUCAUGAUCGAUCAACAGCUAUUGAUUCAAAGACAAAUAAUAUUCUAAAUUACCACCAGAAACCAGAUUUGCGGUUGACCAAGAAAGUCAAUCAGGCAAAAGACGUGCAUUUGAGCUUGCAGUCAGGGCCUGUCUUAAAGUCACCAGGUGCUUCAGACUGCAGAGACAUUAGCAUGGGCAGGAAAUUUAGGAGGAAAAGCGAACAAGGGUAUGUUAACUCACUAAAUAAAUUUCAGAGUAGUCUUGGGAUAUGUUCUUCCAGAGAAAUUUUCAUUGAUGAUAUGAACAAGUUUUCAAGUUCAAAAUUCAAGCCAGUUAACAGAUCAUUUCUCCCAACUUCCACAAGUGUUGCCCCGAAACCAAACCUAGGAAGGGCAGAUAGUGCUGCUAGAUCCUUUUCUUUAUUUUCUCAAUCUCAUGAUGUAUCUCAUCCAGGUAAUGGAAAGCAAAAUGAUAUUCUAAGUUCUCGCAAUGGGAAUUUAUAUGCUCAAGUGAAAAGGAGUAAAAACUUGGCCAAUGGCAUGGGACCUGUCAUGCGAAGGUCUAGAUUUUUGAGGGAAAGAACCAGAAAAGUGGGCUAUGGUAUAGGUAGCAUGCCGUCAGAGGAAUCAAGUUCUGAAAUUAGUGGUAGUGACCUCUAUGCAAAAGAAUCUGAGUCAAUAAUACUUUCGUUUCCCAUUUUGUCUGAUAGUAAGAGACAAUUUUACAAUUCAGAUGGAUCAAAUGUGGUCAGGGAAGCCAAGAAGCAAAUCUCUGAAAGAUGGAAGACGACUGAAAGGUUUCAACAAGUUGAACUGGCUAGUAAGAGCAAAACUUUGGGUGCCAUGCUUUCAAUUCCUGACAAGCCUGGUAAGUGCAGUCUGAGCAAGCAAGUUGGUGCUUACAGUAGAGAUGUGAACUUUGGUACUCCUUUAGGCAUAAGUUGUUGGGAUGGUUGGAGUAAUGAGUUUAUCAGAGAGUUACUGAGAUCCAGGUCCCUUCUUGCAUAUUUUAAUGAAGUUGGGAGUCACAAUACCAGGACAAGCCAUGAACCUCUUGAAAAUAGCAGGUAUGUAGGAGACCUUGAGUCUCUCAAUUUGGUACAGAACAAGUCAAGAAAGCAAGACUUUGAUCAGAAAGAUGAUCCCUCAGAAUUUAGAAUCUCAGAAUCCAGCUAUAAAGUGUCUCAUGCUAUUCCUUAUUUGGAGUUAGAAAACAAUAGCCUAGUAGGUGAUAACUGUCUGGAUCAGAAUGAACUGGAAAAUGAACACAAGGAGAAGGGUUCAGGUGGCCAAAUUUCAGAAGUUGCUAAGGCUUCUGGAAAAAACAAUCAGACUUUGCAAGAUACUUGGAUGAAGCAGGAGGGACACAUGUAUGAAGGAUGGGAAGAGGAUCUGCCAGGGCAUCAAUUAGAAUCAAGAAAAUCCAUCUUGUCAACAAGAGAGGCAGAUUCUCCUUGCCACAUCCAAGAUAGCUCAGUUCAACAGGAAUUGUCCAAUGGAAUCUCUGAUGAAGAGUCUGUUUCUUCACUAAACUCUGGCUCGGACCCAGAGUCACUGAUGAGCUUUGAGGAGGCUUAUCAACCUAGUCCAAAUUCAGUACUGGAACCAUUUUACAAAAAGGAGAUUUCAUCUAUCUCUGACUGUUUUAAGAGUGUGAAUGCUUCUUUACGUGGUUUGCAUAUGCAACUUGAACUCUUAAGGUCAGAGACAUCUGAGGCAUACUCGGAAGAAUCCAGCAUGAUGGUGUCUUGUGAUGAAGAUAAGGGGGAAGGAUCUGUAAAUGAUUUUGAAGAAAAUGAAGGCCUGAUCAGCGUUGAUGAAAGUAGGGAUUUCUCCUAUCUGGAUUUCUCCUAUCUGGUUGAUGUGUUAACAGAGGCAGGACUUCACAACAGAAACUUGCAUUCGGUAUUUGAUACAUGGCACUCUAAAAAAUUCCCAAUCAGUUAUUCUGUCUUUGAGAUCCUUGAGAAAAGGUAUGGUGGGCAGAUAUCUUGGAAGAGAUCAGAAAGGAGGCUUCUAUUUGAUCGCAUUAAUUCUGGGCUGAUGGAGAUUUUGAAGCUAUCCUUGGAUGUGCUGACAUGGACAAAACCUGUGGCAAGAAGGUUUAGUUUUAGUCCAAGGCAUGACCUGAUUGAGGAGGAACUGUGGAUGUUACUGGUAAGCCAGGAGAAGGAAGCAAGCAAGGAAUCUGAGAAGAUCCUAGGAAAAGAUGAUGGGUGGUUGAAGUUGGGAGAUGAUAUUCAGAUCAUUGGUAGACAAUUAGGGAAUUCUUUGAUUGAUGAGCUAGUGGCAGAGGUUACCAUGGAGAGUUUUUGAUGAAUGGUGAUUUUGUUUUUGAUAUAUUAUCAGAACUACACUGCAUAGAGAGAUUUUUUUUUUUU